AUCGAACAACAUUUCUCCAAAACCGCUCAACCAAAAUACGUCGGUUAGUAACAAGCGGUUUUGAGGUCGCUGGAGGCGGUUUGGCGUUUUAAAGGCUCUAGACAACCAAAAUGGUUUCAUAGGAACCAGAAAUGUUAACGGCUUCGCUUUAUGCUCAUUUAAAAUUGGAUAUGUGUGGGGAUGAGGAUUUUGAAUUUAGCAAAGAAUUACAGGGUGAAUUUGGCUGUACCACGAUUUUUGCCGCUACCGUUGUGCCCAAAAAUACAAGCUGAUGAGAAUCGCUCGCAAUUUAUUUCCGAGAAAUUUGGAGCCGAUGAGAUUUCUAUGUAUAAAGAAGAAUUUUGAGCAUUUGUAAUGGCGGAGAGUUGACGAGGAGGAGAUAUUUUUGGUUGCAAGCAUGAAGUUCAUGAAGCUUGGAUCGAAGCCGGACACCUUUUAUACUGAGGAUGGUGUCAGGCUGCUGCUGUUAAAAUUGUGGAAAUGUUUCUGUAUGUAUUUAUGUUCGCUGCGUGAGUAAAUGCUUUUGUUUUGGAAGUGUUGAUGCAAAAUGACGAUAGUACGAGAUUGACAGGUCAGUCAUUUCAGAAGUAUCAAGUGAUGUAGUAAUUGAAGUAAAGGAUGCACAGUUUUUGUUACACAAAUUUCUAUGGAUAGUGCCGCCUCUUUCCAAAACCACGGACUAUUUCUAUUUAGAGCUUUCAGAUUAUCAAUUCCAUGGUGAAGCCAGACGUCUGAGGACAGGAACGGAUUUUGGCAUUGAAUAUUUCUAGGUAGUGGUAUUUGUAAUCUUACACGUCAUUUUUACUAUCGAUCUGGCUAGAAGACUGAACUGCAACCUUCAUACAGCACACUUGUGAUUCCAUUUCGUGACCCAUAUUUCUUAUUGAAGCAGUGGUCGGGAGAUAUUGUGGGAGCAGAGUUUAAUAAAUGCCAAGCGCUUCUACAACGCUGGCAUUUCAUCCUUAAAUCGCUUGCCCACUAUGGUUGCCGAUUUUUAUAGCUGAGUUCUCAUGCAAUCUUUUAAUUCGUAUUUGGUCAGUAUACUGUAUCGUUGGAUCCAUUGUAGAAAGCAAUUCCAGUACUGAAUAUGUUUCCACUUCUUUCCAAAUGUGGUAAAUUACAAAAGCUAGCUGCAGAAGCUCGUCAAUCCAAGAAAGAUAAGUUGGAGCUUUUUGAUUUUCCUAGUGGUCCAGACGUGUUUGAGAUCUGUGCCAAGUUUUGUUACGGUAUCACAAUUACUUUAAGUGCCUUGAAUAUAGUGGCAGUUCGAUGUGCUGCUGAAUAUCUUGAGAUGAAUGAGGAUGUAGAAAAAGGGAACCUGAUUUUCAAAUUAGAGGUCUUUCUAAGUUCUAGCAUAUUGCGGUCCUGGAAAGAUUCUAUAAUGACACUGAAGACCACCAAAGCAUUUAUGCCUUGUUCUGAAGAUCUCAAACUUGUAAGCCGAUGCAUUGAUGCAAUUGCUUAUAGGGCAUCAGUCAGCGCUUCAAAAGUGGACUGGUCAUACACUAAUACUAGAUCUUCUCCAGCAAAAGAGGAAGGAACAUCCCAUAAUUCUACAACUCCAAUAGGGAACGGAAUUCAAAGCCGGCGAAGCCAUCCUGCUCCUAAAGAUUGGUGGGUAGAAGAUGUUGCUGAGCUGGAGAUUGAUUUGUAUUGGAGAGUAAUGGUGGCAAUUAAAUCAACAGGAAGAAUAUCUCAUGAGGUGAUUGGGGAAGCCCUACGUGUGUAUGCCUUUCAUUGGUUACCAGGUAUGUCAAAGGAAAUAACUCAUAGCCAUUCCUCUGAUAAUGCUGACAUUGCUGCCAAACAUGGACUUCUGUUAGAGACUGUUGUCAGUUUGCUACCAGCAGAGAAAGGUUCCACCUCGUGUAGUUUCUUGCUGAAAUUACUCAAAGCUGCAACCAUACUAGGUGCAUCACCUUCUUCAAAGAUGGAACUUGCUAGACGUGUAGGAAUGCAGUUGGAGGAGGCCUCUUUGAAUGACCUGCUAAUUCCAUCUCUCUCUUAUGCCAAUGAAACUCUUUAUGAUGUAGACCUUGUACAGACAAUAUUAGACCAUUUUAUAAUGCAAAACCAAAGCCUUCCCACAAGCCCUACCCGCACAACACAAGUAUAUGAGAAACGGCGAACACGAUCAACUGAAAAUAUUGAUUUCGUGGAGAGUAGGACAUCAACGGCUGCAACAAACAGUGCAAAGUUUAAAGUAGCAAAACUUAUAGAUGCAUAUUUGAUAGAGAUUGCUCGAGAUGCAAAUCUGCCAAUCUCUAAAUUUGUAGCCCUUUCAGAGGCUAUACCAGAUUUUGCACGUCCAGUACAUGAUGAUUUGUACAGAGCCAUUGACACAUACCUUCAGGAGCAUCCUGGAUUUACUAAAAGUGAGAGAAAGAGGAUAUGUCGACUCCUGGAUUGCAAGAAACUAUCAACAGAAGUUUGCUUGCAUGCUGCUCAGAAUGACCGCUUACCACUGAGGGUUGUUGUACAGGUCCUAUACUUUGAGCAGCUAAGAGCUGCAAUGGCAGGAGGUGGAGUGCAUGAGUUGCCAAGCAAUCUUAAAGCCUUAAUAUCAGCUGAAGAAAGUGAUUGUCAGGAUGUUGGACAGUCAAGCUCAUUUGAUGAAGGAUGGGAUGCAGUGCAGCAAAAUUUCAAUGCACUGAAAGGGGAUUUAGCAAAAAUGAAGCAACGGCUAGCAGAGGCGGAGAAAGAAAGAAAUGAUUUACGGGAAGAAGUUGCAAAAACCUCAAAGUCAAAAGGCCUGUGUGCUUUCCCAUCCAAACCAAGAAAGAUUUUGAGUAAACUAUGGCCAAGUGCCAAAAGCGGUGCCAGUGUUAAUGAAAAGAUUUGAGAACAUGGUAAUGUUCAAAAUUUCAUUUCAUGAACCUUUUGGUGCUAAUGGUCUCUGUUACUUGUAAUGGGAUUCGAUGGAUGGGUAUUUCUUUUAUGCCCUUCUAAUAUUAUAUUACCAACAUUGUCAUGAGGGCAAGCAGGCAUGGAGAACUCAAUAUAUGUUAAAUACCAUCUAUUCUUGACAGCUAAGAAAAUGAUCCCAGGAAAAAGCAGAGUGUCUAUGAUCUAGCUAUGUAAUGCUGACAAAAAUGAUCAGGCAUAUUGUUCAGACUGAAGUCAGUAGCAUUAAAACUGCAAAACUUCAAUAAUCCAUUUUCAGUGGAAUUAGUAACAGAAAUUGCAACCUUAGAAAGGUAUGUAGGUUGCAUAUGUUUCAGUAGGAAUGAUUCUUGGGAAAUUGGAAGAAAACAUGGCCGAGUCAGGGUCACUUUAUUGGCUGUGGACAUGAUCCCAUUGAUUAGCAUGUGAUUCUAUUUGGUGCUUUUUGAAAUAUCUGGCAACAUUACAAGCUGUAAAAAAUUUCCACCUAUUUUAAGUGAAAAUGGUUCUGCCAACUAAGAAAAUCUGGCAUUACUUAUUUUCUUGAUGUCCCAAGUUGAUAUUGUUCCUGGGAGAGGUGGCAGGGGAUGUGAGAAAUGACAUUAAUUUUCACUUCCUUGCUAGCAGUGAUUCCAGAGGUUUGGUUGAUUUUUAACAAGCCAUUUCAGCUGUGGGUCCAAUUCCACAAAAAGCUGCAAUAAUUGCAUCAAUCAACAGGUAUAGAGUCUAAGCUGCUGGCAGCAUAUAGAUGACAAGAAUGAUCGGCAGAUGCAAUUCAAGAACAGAUAAUACUGGAACCAGAGGCAGUAUAGCUGAAAUAGAAAUAGGAAAUCAACAUUACAAUGACGCUUAAUCAGGAUGUGUGCACUGCUGGAUGCAGAGUAUAUCCAAAGAAAUAUGCAUUAUCUGAACAAUAAGUGAAAAUAACUGUCAAAAUAGGAAACAUGUUAGUUUAGAAGACAUAGGACCUGCUGUCCGAUGUAGCCUUGCCUACUAUACGUGUGUGGAAGGGAUGUGGCUGGUAUGGUGUUUAUGUGAGCUCACAGUUGCCUGUUGGAGCACCAUUCUUAUCUCAUUCCUGGCAGCUGAGGCUUGGUGACCUGUAUUUCCUGUUGUGGGCAAAUACAGCGCAGAAGGGAUUCUCAACCAAUGUUAUACCAUGUAAUGAUUACUUGUAAGCUGUAAGAACUAAGAACUAUUGAGAUAAUAAAGAAAGGACAGAAGAAUGAACUCAAAUUCACUGUUAGACUUAAUGCACUUUCUGUAGCUGAAGUAACGAGUCUCUUAUUUGCCUGUCUAUGCUUUCCAUGCUCAACCAUAAACUUGAAGUGAUGUCAGUAAAUGUUCAUUAAAAAUGUGGAAUUUGCCUCCUGUCAUGCCAGGAUCUUGAGGGAUGUGGCACUAUAAAGGGAUCAGUAGCUAGCUGAGAAUUAAUGGGUCUGCAAAAAUGUUACGAUUGACCUUGAAGCCCUGGGAUACACUUCGUGUUGGCUUUAAUGCCCAAAACUGGACUGGCAGUCGCUAAUUUCUCAUUAUUGAUCACAUUUAUAGUAUUUAAAUGAAAUUAAUUACACAUUUGUGACUA